AUGUUAACGACGAAGGUCUUUUUUAGAAAGACGAAGGGAGGGAAUAUAUUUAAGACUGUCAGAGAGCAUUACCUCAGAGAUGAUAUUUAUUGCGGCUUUAAAACAUGUAAGAAAUGUAAAGGAAGACUGCGAGAUAUGGUGUUGGAUGUGGAAGACGCGGCUGUGAAAUCUUCUUUACUUCCAAACCCGUAUUUUCUCGUACUUGACACAAAUAUAAUUUUAGAUCAAAUAGAUGUAUUGGAAGAGGAUGCCAUUACCAAUGUAAUCAUUCUGCAGACAGUAUUGGAAGAAAUUCGACAUAGAAGUUCUACUGUAUACAAAAAAUUAAAGAACAUCAUAGCAGAUGCAAGACGAAAAUUUUUUGUCUUCAUUAAUGAACAUCAUAGAGAAACUUAUAUUGAAAGAGAACCAGGUGAAAAGAUAAAUGAUCGUAAUGAUAGAGCAAUACGAGUUGCAGUUAAAUGGUACAAUACUCAUUUGAAUUCCGAUGAUAACAAUAUAAAGAUUAUUCUACUCACAGAUGAUGUAGGAAAUCAAACACAUGCUGUUGAAGAAGGAUUAUUUGUUGUAUCGAUGGAAGAUUAUAUUGCAUCAUUGGAAAAUUCAAAUUUCUUGCUGGAUAAAUUAUGUAAGCGUUCCUAUGGUUUAGAUAUUCAAGGUCCAGAAUUGUUUCCAUGUCAUCUGGCACCUACAGAAUUACAUGAUGGCAUAUCAUCUGGAAAAUUGUUGCAAGGAACAUUUUUGGCAUCGAGAGAAAAUUUUCUCGAGGGGAAUGUAAAUGUUGAAGGAAGAGAAAAACCUAUAUUUGUGCAAGGACGAUCUCAUCUCAACAGAGCAGUCGAUGGUGAUAUAGUUGCAAUUGAAAUCUUGCCAGAAGAUCAAUGGUCAUCUCCUAGUGAAAUUGUUUUACAAGAUGAAGAAGGUGCUGACGCUGACGAAAUUCCAGAAGAUGAGAAAGAACUCCGCAAACAUAGUGUAAAAACGCAAGAAAAAAUACUGACAGGCAAAAUUGUUGGUAUUAUCAGGAGAAAAUGGAGACAAUAUUGCGGUAUAUUGCAACCGAGUGCAAUUAAAGGAAAUAUAAGGCAUCUGUUUGUUCCGGCGGAGAGAAAAAUUCCAAAAAUAAGGAUCGAAACUAGACAAGCCGAAAUAUUGAGUAAGCAGAGAAUUAUUGUCGCAUUGGAUUCAUGGCCGCGAAACUCAAGAUAUCCUCUCGGCCACUUUGUACGAGCACUUGGCAAUAUAGGAGAUAAAGAGACAGAGAAUGAAGUGUUGCUCUUGGAACAUGACGUUCCGCACAGUCGUUUCUCUGAUGCUGUUCUCAGCUUUCUUCCAAAAUUACCAUGGGUUAUUACUGAAACGGAUGUUGCACAAAGAGAAGAUCUUCGAUAUCUAGAUAUCUGUUCCGUGGAUCCACCAGGCUGUACUGAUAUUGACGAUGCAUUACAUUGUAGAAGUUUACCAAACGGUAAUUUCGAAGUCGGCGUGCAUAUUGCAGAUGUAUCACACUUUAUAAGGCCUGGGACUGCACUGGAUAAAGAAGCAGCCUCACGUGCUACCACCGUAUAUCUCGUUGACAAGCGAAUCGACAUGGUUCCAGAAUUGCUUAGUUCGAAUUUGUGUUCCUUACGCGGUAAAGAGGAACGAUUUGCCUUUUCCUGCAUAUGGGAAGUUGAUUCCAAUGCAAACAUAAUUAAUACGAGAUUCUGCAAAUCAAUAAUCUGUUCGCGCCAAGCGAUGACAUAUGAAGAAGCUCAGUUAAAAAUUGACGAUGCCACUCAACAAGAUACUAUUGCGGUAUCAUUGAGAGGAUUAAAUCAAUUAGCAAAAAAGUUGAAAAAGAAACGUUUAGAAAAUGGUGCUUUAAGUCUAGCAUCACCGGAGAUACGUUUUCAAGUAGAUAGCGAAACACAUGAUCCUAUUGACGUGGAGGCGAAGAAAUUGAGAGAGACUAAUUCUAUGGUGGAGGAAUUUAUGUUACUUGCAAAUAUUAGCGUUGCUGAAAGAAUAUUGGAAGAAUUUCCAGAGUGCGCUAUGCUAAGAAGGCAUCCCGAACCACCGCAAAGUAAUUUUGAACCGUUGAUCAAAGCUGCCAAAAAUCAGGGUUUCACUAUUAAUACAAAUACUGGUAAAGAGUUGGCCCGAUCUCUUGAAGAAACUAAAAAAGAAUCAAAUCCUUACUUCAAUACAAUGUUAAAAAUAUUAGCCACGCGAUGCAUGAUGCAAGCGGUAUAUUUUAUUAGCGGAAUGCAACAACCACAUGAAUUUAAGCAUUACGGUUUAGCAUGUCCUAUUUACACGCAUUUUACAUCUCCUAUACGAAGAUAUGCAGAUAUAAUUGUGCACCGAUUAUUGGCUGUAUGUAUAGGUGCCGAUGCGACUUAUCCAGAAUUGUUGGAUAAGAAAAAGAAUCAUUUGUUAUGCCAUAAUCUGAAUUAUCGAAAUCGAAUGGCGCAAUACGCCGGCCGAGCAUCAGUUGCACUUCAUACACAUAUAUUUUUCCGCGACAAGGUACAGGAUGAGGAAGGAUACAUUCUUUUUGUACGGAAAAAUGCUUUACAAGUGCUUAUACCAAAAUACGGUUUAGAAGGCAUAUUAUAUCUGAAUAAUCCUGUUUCAUCUUCUGUGACAUUCGUAUACAAUUCAGAGGAUCAAUCUCAAACUUGCGGAGAUGUUGUAUUUCGGGCAUUUGAUCCCAUUGUUGUACAAAUGAGUUUGGACAGAUCUAAUGUCCAACAUGAAAAAUUAUUCUUUAAACUUGUAAAACCGGAGAUUCCAGGUUUCAGCGUCCCCCCGUUAAAUACAAAUACGACUGUUAUUAAAGAAGAUCCUAUAAAAGAACCAACAAAACGAAAGACAGAAGUUCAGCAAGAAUUAACUAACGUUCAUACUAAGAAAGCUAGAAAAAAGAAGAAGAAAAAGAAGAAUUGAGAAUAACAUUAAGUUAUAAUGCAAA